UAUUCAAGGACAGAAAAGUAUGCCUGGGAUGUCAAGAUAUACGUUGUACUGUAUCCUGCCACGUGCCAUCCAUUUAGUAGUAUGGCAUAUCAAUUCAUAGAUCACGGCUAUAUAUAGGCAUUAAUUUGUGCCGUCUCUUGGAUAUAUUUGCAUGCUUGAGAUAGCUGUUUUGUUGCUUUACAAGGUUUACUUCUUGCUGAUUCUGGCUUGGUGCCAGCAGCUGUAGCCAUGACACUGAUUUAAUUAACUUCUUGGAUGAAGUGCAAUGGGAUGACAUUAGCUGUGCAGUGGUUAAGUUCUUGCCAAUUUCUGCUCGUUCCAAAUAAGCAAUCUUUGAUGUGCCGAUCUUAAUUGCCAAGAUAACAGAGGAUAAAUCCCAUCCGGGCGAGUCCUGGAUGCGCGUCCAUCAAUCCAUCACGGUAAGCAAAGAUGUCUGGCAACGGCGACUCACCGGCGGCUGCUGCCACCACGCCGAGGUCUCGUCUGCCGCGGUGGACACGGCACGAGACGAUGGUGCUGAUCCAGGCGAAGCACGCGACCGAGCGGCGGGCGGCGCAGCCGGUGCGGCUCAAGUGGGCUGUGGUGUCGGCCUACUGCCGGCGGCACGGCGUGGAGCGUGGGCCCAUGCAGUGCCGCAAGCGCUGGGGCAACCUCUCCUGGGACCUCAAGAAGAUCGUCGCAUGGGAGAAGAACCUCGCCGCCGGCGCCGCCGCAGAGACGACGGCUGCGCCGCUCGGCCCGUCGUUCUGGGACAUGCGAGGGGAGGAGCGGCGCGGGAGGCAGCUGCCGUCCUCGUUCGACCGGGAGGUCUACGACGCUAUCGUCGGCGGCGCUAACACCAAGCUGCUGUCGUCGCCGGACUCCGGCGAGGAAAUGGACCUCGCCGAGGGCGGGGACGACGCGGACGAGCAUCCUACGCCGCCACCGCAGCCGAUCAUGGCCGUGCCCAUCUCAGUGAGGAUGUACGAGCCAGUGCCACCAGCCUCCUCCCAAUCUCAACAAGAAUGCUCUGAUCCAGUGACGGAGAGCGCCAAGAAACCGGCGUCAGAGAAGAACUCGACCUCGCAGCAGGACAGCGAGGCGACGUUCGGCGCAGGAGUCGGCGCUGCGGAUGGCACGGCCACGGCGACCGGGGCGACGACGAGCUUGGGGAGGCUGGUGGCGGAAGCGCUGGAGAGGGGGAACCGUGUGCUGGCGGAGCAGCUCGAGGCGCAGAGGGCGAGCUGGGACGCGGACAGGGAGCACCGCAGGGCGCUCCUCGGCGCCGUCAACAAGCUCGCCGAUGCCGUCGCCAGGAUCGCCGACAAGCUCUGAGGGAAGUAUGAAUCAAACCUGAUGCGUUAAUUUGUUCAUCGUCGUCAAAUUCUGAGGAAGGAUCGCAAAGAAGUAGUUCAGGUGCAUUCGGAAAUUCAGAAUACUUGCCAGUAGCUGGAUUUAAACGAUACUCCGUACCUUUCCCUUUGAUAUUGAAAAUUUUCGCCUGUCAGAUUAUAUACUGGUAGUAGUUAUUAAUGAAAUGGUGAACUGGGUUCAGUGAGUUAA